AUGUUUUUCUUCAAAGUUUCUAAUAAUUCGUGCCACGCGGUCUCUGGUGUUAUAAAUCGCUUCUGCAAUGUCUCGGGUCAAAUUGUGAACCUUCAGAAAUCAUUUGUCAAAUUUAGCCCGAAUAUUUUUACAGAGAAACAACAGGAAUUCAAACAUAUGCUAAGCAUGCCUUCAACGUCAAAUCUGGGGGUUUAUCUCGGUGUUCCUGUUGAUAUUCAGAGUUCGAAAGUGCAACACUUCACUCCAGUUUUGGACAAAGUGACGAAAGCAAUUAGCAGUUGGAAUCAUUUGACAAUAUCUCAACCUGCGAAGCUCCUUAUUAUCAAUACUACUCUUUUAGGGAAAAUACUGCACUACCUCUCGGUUUUCAAGAUACCCGCAACAGUUUGUAACAAACUUGAUAGUCUUAUGGCUAUGUUCUUCUGGAAAGACGGAUACGGGAAAGGGAUUCACUGGAAAAAAAGAAGUGUUUUACAUCGCCCAAAAAAAUUGGGAGGUCUUGGUCUGCGAAGUACUACCAUUCUCAACGACACUCUCUUAAUGAAAAAGGCGUGGCGUAUAAAACAACAUCCUCAGAUCCUGCUAUCUAAAAUCUUCCCCUAUUCUAGGUUGUCUCAUCAUCCACAGAGACUUGGUAAACGACAUCUCUCAUGGGGACAUAAGGGACUGUUAAAUGCCGAAGCUUUACUACAACAACGUUAUUAUUGGAAGGUAGGGAAUGGGUGCGAUAUUGGGGUGAUUGCUCAUAAAUGGAUACCGGGUCAUACUCCACUAUUCCGUGAUUCUAUAAAUCUUCGAGAAGUUCGUGACCUUAGGGUGGCGCAAUUAAUUCUUCCAAACAACCAAGGAUGGAAGAACCGUAAGAUCUCAUCUUUGUUCGAACCUUCUACAGCGAGAUACAUUAAAAGCAUUGAACUUCUUUUUUCGACAACUGAGCGAGAUUACCGAUAUUGGCCGCCUACUAAAUCAGGAGAGUAUUCAGUCAAAUCUGGGUAUGACUUACUCUUGCACAAGCAACAUGAUAUGUGUAGCAUGACAUCUACCAUUGAUCUAGCGUUAUUUCGCGAUCUUUGGGGAUUGCGCAUCAUGCCUAAAUGGAAACUCUUUAUAUGGAAGCUAUGGCAUAAUGGCAUAGCUACCACUUCCAAUUUAACACAGAGGGGUGUCAACAAUUCUACGGAUUCCCCUAUUUGUCUUAACGACCAUGAGGAUGUACACCAUCUGUUUCGUGCUUGCCCGUUGGCUUUGGAAGCGUGGGAACAAAGUGGCUUACGUGGCGACCCACAAGGCUCGUUUCAUUUAGGUUUCAGCAAUUGGCUUAGCGAUUGGAUUGUACACUAUGUAAAAGAGGAUGGGGCUCGGGACUCCAACUCCAACCUUGCAAAGUUCAUUGGGGUUCUCUGGACAAUUUGGGUAUUGCGAAAUGGACAAGUCUUUCGCAACAACCGACCAACUUCAACGUCAAUUGCGGUCCAAUUACAAGCGAGUGCGCAACAACAUUUACUUUUCUUGCAGUCUGGCCGUGACCCGACUAGAAAUCCAUUGGACCCACACAACCACCAGGUUUUGAGAUGGUCAACUAGGGCAGCAAGGUAG